GCACGGUAACUUCUGCGCCGCAAGGUACAGCGCCAUCGCGGCUCGGUGGUUUCUCCAUCCUUCUCUCGGGGUAACUUCCGAUGGGAGGGAAGGAGAAAGCCUAUCUCACCAUAGCUGGUCUGGGUGCGUGCCUACGGCGAAAUACCGUAGGACAGGCUGUGUCGGACGCAUUUGGUCCGAUUCUCAAAGAGUUCCCUGCUUUUAAUGACAAGCUCUGUCCGGAUCUUAUCAAUAUUCGGUUCGAUCUGGAAUCUGCGGCCCGCCUCAAAUACAAACGAUAUCUGAUUGUAGACCUAGGUCGAUUUGGGUAUGUCGAGAUCGAAGUCAUCUGCGCUGAAACACCCUGGUGCCCAAGUUGUCGCAGGUACUUCCACUCGGAAGGUGAUCCCGAGUGUCAAGCAUUGAAGAAGAAGACUUUCUCGCAGGUUCUUAAGCAGGGUGGUCGGCCGCAACCCAAGGACAAGGGAGGCGAUGGGGGGAAGGGAGGUGAUGGAGGGAAGGGGGGAGGAUCCAAGGGAGCAGACGGAGGGGGGGGCGGGAGGGUUGGUAACAAGGCGAGCAAGGAAGACGGGAAGGAAAAGGGUAAGGAUGGAAAGCCGGGAGGAAGUGACGAAGGGUCCGGCAAUAGGCCAGGCGGCGAGAAAGGGCCGGCGGUGGUCAAGGAUGGCGGGAAGGAUCGGGAUGUGGUGAUGAAGGAGGGGGAUGAUAGGAAUAAGGAGAUGGAAAAGAGGGAGAAGGCGCCUGUUGGGGAGAAGGAAGGAGGGAAAGAGGUUAGUAGGGAAGAGGACAUAGCCAAGGGGAAGCGGCCGGAGGGGCGAUUAGGAGGGAAAGAUGCGGGAAACGAUGCUGGUUUGCUAGAUUUAGGUAAUAAUUCUAAAACUCAGGAUCGGCAGGUUAAAGAGAAUGACUUGUCUGUAAAGUAUGCUCAGUUAGACAAAGGGGAAGAAAUCACUGACAUGGAUGAAGACAAGCAGUUGGCGAGGGAAAAAAGGAAAAGAGAUGACCCUCAACACGAUGAGGAGUUAGACCCAUUCUCGGAUGAUGAAGUUCUGGAAGCAAGCAAAGCGCUGGUUAUUUACAAGUGCGAAAAGGACCCAUUUUUCUGCCCUUCCCGCCCCUCCUCCUCUCCCAGCCCUGACUCGUGUAAUGAUGUGGACGACGACGAUGACGUAGGAUACGUCAGUUCGGACAAAGAGGAAGGAGAAGAGGGGGAGGGGGAGGAGGGCGCUGGGUUUUCUAUCCUGUAUGGUGCAGGCUCCCCGGCAGUGGAUCGGAGAGAGCCGAAUGUGAAAACUUUCCUUAACCAGGUGUAUGAAGAAGAAGGAGAGGGGGGCCCCCCGGUCCAGUUGAAAGAGCAGGAGGUGCCUUCCCCGUGGAGCAGGAUUUCUCCCUGCUCCUCGGUGGAGAUAUACGAGGACUGCUAUGACGGCAAGACGGACGGGGGGACUUCGGGUGAUUUGUAUGAAAGGCCUGGUCCGCCUACGGAUCAGAAACCAUCCUCCCCCGGUUUAGAUUCGUUCCUCUCCCCAGCUAAGAAAGCGAAACCCGCGACUCGCAAGGAAACAAAAGCAACAAGGAGAGCCAGGGUGGGCAAGGGCUCGGUGCUGAAGGGAGGGAAUACUCAGUCGGCCGGACUGAGCAAUCUCGCUCUUUCCCACGCCCUGCCCAUGCAAACGGUCUCCAAAGUAGCCGGAUCGAGGGACAAACUCACGAAGGUUGCUGUACCCAUAAUUUGCUCACAUUCCCCCGAUGGUAUAAUGUUCCUCACGACAAUUGCCCAUGAUGAUUGCUUGGCCCUUCCCUCCUUCUCCGCGUCUGGUCCCCCAGCGGAUGCAGAAUUGACAAGGUGGGUGGACCGACAGACGCUGCACGAUCAAGGAUCUAGCAAGCCAAUACGUAAGCCUAAGAGGACCAGGCUCUUGGAAGCCAAUUCUCAAGGCUCUACUUUUGCGAUCCACGUUUCAUUCAUGGCUCUGCAAGCUGAUCCCCUGCAAUUGGCCAAUCUGCGCAAGCUUAAGGUUCAUUGGUUACCUCUCUCCCACCUUUUGGAUGUCGAGAUAGACACUCUCAAGGAUAUAGCCAUAGUGGACGAAAUCUCAGUGGUUUCCAUCGCCCAAUGGAUUACUCAGUCGGAUACCGCUGAUUACCUGACAAGUCCCACCUUCGCGGACAUCCUCAGCAAGAAGCAAUCCCCGCCCAAGCAGAACUUGAAGAUGAGCGUGGGAAUUGAUACCAAGUGAACCAUCCUCCAAGCUCCGAAAUAGCACUUCCUCCCGCAUCCAAUACCCACGCAGCAAGGGCCCUGGAAAUGGCCUUGCCCAGAAG